CAAAUUUACUACCACAAACUCGAGAAGAAAAUUGUAAAUCCCCAAGGCCCAAAGACAAGACAAAAAAUCAGCAAACCGGCAAAGGCAUUAGAAAUCCAACGGCGAUGAUUCCUUCUGCCUCCGCCUCGAGUGUUCUCCGCCACCAGAAGAGAAAAAUUCUUCAAACGAAAAAAAUCACCAACUCCCAUUCCAUGGUUCCAACCCCCGUUUUGCCGAAAUUUUUUUUAUAUUCCCUCGUAAUAUAUAACAGAAUAAUAAUCAACAAAUACCUCUCUCGCGAUUCAUGCUUCCCUCUCCUCGCCACUAUUCCCGUUCUUCAUGGUCACUUGAAGAAGAACCCUUAAACCUCCAUCUAGUCGUGUGCCGCACUUUCCCCCCUUUCUCAACCGCUUUAACAUGCCGCCAUGGCUGUAAUUCUUGAGGCUGUUGGUGUGUUUCUGGGGACCUCCCAUUUUCUGGGAGCCAUGGUGUUCCUAAUUCUCAUAUGGGUUGCCUUCCUCGUUGGUGUAGCCAUUGGUUGGGUGUGGAAGCCCAGUUGGGCACCCGGUUUAUCCCAACUGGGUAGUUUGGUUUCUUCUUCUGCUGCUGCUGCUGCGCACAAAUUGGUGGAUUCUUCGCCUUCCCGGUGUCCGGCUUCUCCGUUGAAGGGUUUUGGGUCGGCCCCUUGCCUCACGUCCUUCUUGCUCAGCUCGCCUAAUUUGGUGGGUACCAGCUCACUUGCCGUCACCCAAUCUCAAUUUGAAGAUUCUCGUGGAGGAUCCCAGCUGGAUGAUGAACGGCCUAAUGCUGCCGAUCUGGUCACAGAAGAGGAUUUGGUGUAUCUCCAUAACCUUGUGGAAAUGAAAGAUGGAGGUCCUUCAUGGAUACAGAUGAUGGAUCGUUCCACACCAGGCAUGACUUACCAAGCAUGGAGGAGAGACAUCAAGGAUGGUCCACCUCAAUAUCGUACGAGAACUGUUUUCGAGGAUGCCUCACCGGAGAUAGUGAGAGACUUCUUCUGGGAUGACGAGUUCCGGCUAAAUUGGGACGAUAUGCUAGCCUGUGUGGCUGUUGUAGAUGAGUGCCCCACAACAGGGUCCAUGGUCGUGCAUUGGUUAAGAAAAUUUCCCUUCUUCUGUAGCGACAGAGAGUACACAAUAGGCCGGCGAAUCUGGGAGUCUGGAAGGUCUUAUUACUGUGUUACAAAGGGAGUACCUUAUCCUUCCAUCCCAAGGCGUGAUAAACCAAGGCGUGUGGAUUUGUACUACUCAAGCUGGUUUAUUCGACCAGUGGAAUCUAGAAGAGGGGAUGGCCAACUGACAGCAUGCGAGGUUCUGCUCUUCCACUACGAAGACAUGGGCAUCCCAUGGGAGCUCGCAAAGCUUGGGAUUCGUCAGGGAAUGUGGGGAACGGUCAAGAAGAUUGAGCCUGGGUUGCUUGCUUACCAAACGGCAAGAGCAUCGGGAACAGCACUCUCUCGCACUGCCUUCAUGGCUCAGAUCAACACGAAACUGAACCCCGAGUUACUGAAAUCACCGCGAGGCAGCACCAAGGAGGUAUCAAUGGCAGAGGCCGAAGCAGAGAGCUCGUCUGAUCAAAGUUCAGGCACGAACGUACCGAAGAUGUUGCUUAUAGGUGGACUUAUCGCGGUUGCUUGCAGCAUCGACCGAGGUCUCCUGACGAAAGCAUGUGUGUUUGGGUUAGCUAGAAAGUUAGGGAAUUUGGGGAAGAGACUCAGCUGAGGACAGAAGAUGUUAGUAACUUAGUAGUAGUGAUGGUUGUAUAUGUGUAUGAUAUGGAAACCAGGAGCAAUAAUGUUUAUUGUUGAAUGAAGUAGCUGUUCGAGC